CAGCGCGGCCGGCGAGCGGCGCGGGGCUGCUCCCUCCCUCCCCCUUCUUCCUCCUCCUCCACCCCCCCCGCAGGGCAGAGCCGGCGGAGGCGGCGGGCGCGGAUGGGAGAGCGGCGGAGCCGGCGGAGGAGCUGUUGAAUGCGGUUUGUAAGCACUAGUUUUAAGGAGUGUGGUGUCCUGUCUAAGAAGAGAUGAGCAUGAUAGCUUGCAAGAAGAAGCAGAAGGAAACAUGAUGUCCAGGUUGGAGGUAAAUCCAUUGCUCCGAGUGAGUGAUGUGAGGACUGCUUUCCAGAUUAUUUUCCUUUGGAGUCCUCAGGAGCAGCUGUUUCGAAAGACUGCCUGCCUUCAUUUUUCACCUGAAAAAUGACAUGGGCAUUUAUUCCCCACCUUUCCUUCUGUGCUUGAGCAAAUCUAAAGGUUGUAUGAUGCAAAUCUUUGUCUCUGGGAAUAUGAAGCUUCCAGUAGCAGCACUUCAGUUUGGAACCCACUUGCUUUAAGACCACCUGGGAAUUUCUACCCAUACUUGCCCAUUCCAGCGUAAAUCAGAGGACAAUGAGUUAUUUUUACUUCUUGCAUAUUUUCACACCACGUAACAAUUUUUCUUUCUUCUCCUUUUGUUCGAUGGGAAAAACUUGAGCUGGUUGUUGUAGCUGAUUCUUCCUUCACCACAUUCCUCUUGCUGAGCCAAAUCCUUGGAAACCACGACCACACUACGUCUAUUUUUGUGUGGGGGUUGUUGGCUUGGAUUUUUUCUUUAUGGGACAUAUGUCACUUUUUGAGUGCUUUUACCUAUUCUGGUUUGAACCUGUCUUUUUGUAUUGCUGAUUAGUUGUAAUCAGGAACUAAUAACUGUAAACUCAAGCCAUUAAGUAACUUCAGACUUACAGAAGAUGACUCAUAUGCUUCAGAAACCUUUCCAUGACUGUGCUUGGCUCAUUAAUACAGAGGUUUAACAGUAGUAAUAUGAGGUAUUGCAUUAAUUGCUGCAUACAUUUAUUACCAAAUGACUUGCACAGACAGUGUUUCAGAUGCCGCGGACCUAAUCAUAAUAACCAGAAGUGUCCUGUUUGCAAAGAAGAAAGUAAGAUCCCUUUGUACACCGACAGCAAGCAGAUGAAGUUGCUUGCAGUUUUGGAAGUAAGGACUGAUCACAGUGAAAGCUGGCAUGGAGUUUUCUGUUUGAGGAAGGGGAAGCUAUGCAGCUUGAUAUUUGGGUUGAUUAUAAUGACUCUAGUGAUGGCAUCCUACAUACUCACUGGAGCCAAACAUGGCCUCUUGUUAAUACCAUCUCCCUUCCAUUAUGGAGCUUUUACUAGCAAUCCAAGCUUAAUGGACAAUGAAAGCCUUAGUGACAUGAAAGACCAUUACCAGCCUUCUAAAAUGAAUAUUUCAUACGUAAAGGAUUAUCCAAGCAUUAAAUUAAUUAUUGACACUAUUACUUCAAAGAUAGAGUUUAUAACAAGACAGCGCCCUGAUUCAGAGGAACUGAGGAAACAAGAGCCACAUAUGUUUUCAGUAAUUCCUAAUAAAUUCCUUCCAAAUAGCAAGAAUCCUUGUUGGUAUGAAGAGUACAGAGGAAACACAACCACAGAUCCUUAUGCAACAAACUCUUAUGCACUGUAUUCAAAGCGCUUUCGAACCAUAUUUGAUUACCUCAGGAAGGUAUUUUGGAACCACUUGUACCAUUAUAAGGACAAGCACUACCGCCUACGCUGUCUCCCCCAUUUCUACAUCAUUGGCCAGCCUAAGUGUGGGACAACGGACCUGUAUGACCGGCUCAGGCUGCACCCUGAUGUUCGGUUCUCAGCGAUCAAAGAGCCACACUGGUGGACAAGAAAACGGUUUGGAAUCAUUCGUCUGAGGGAUGGAUUUCAUGAUCGCUACCCAGUGGAAGAUUACCUUGAUCUGUUUGACUUAGCAGCGCACCAGAUUCAGGGUGUGCUGCAGAGUGAAGCAGCAAAAGAACACGGCAAGAUGAACAACAUCGUAAUUGGGGAGGCCAGUGCCUCAACGAUGUGGGAUAACAACGCCUGGAUUUUCUUUUAUGACAACAGUACUGAAGGAGAACCUCCCUUCUUAAUCCAGGAUUUUAUCCAUGCCUUCCAACCGAAUGCCAAACUUAUCAUCAUGCUGAGAGACCCUGUUGAAAGAUUGUACUCCGAUUAUCUGUACUUUGCAAGUGCUAAUAAAUCUGUGGAAGAUUUUCAUGAAAAAGUGGCAGAAUCACUGCAGCUGUUUGAAAAUUGCAUGCUGGAUUAUUCCCUGAGGGCCUGUGUCUACAACAACACCCUCAACAACGCCAUGCCCGUAAGGCUACAGGUUGGGCUCUAUGUCGUGUAUCUUUUGGACUGGCUGACAGUUUUUAACAAAGAUCAGAUACUUGUUCUUCGCUUGGAGGACCACGCAUCAAAUGUGAAGUACACCAUGCACAUGGUGUUCCGGUUUCUGGAUCUGGGACCCCUAAGUGAGAAACAAGAAGCUCUGAUUACAAAGAGUCCUGCAUCAAACACUAGACGACCUGAAGACAGAAGUCUAGGACCUAUGCUUCCAACAACGAAGGCAAUUUUAAGAGAUUUCUACAGGCCUUUUAAUACGAAACUGGCACAAGUUCUUUUUGAUGAUGCUUUUUUAUGGAAGAGGACAUAAUAUGUAAAUUUAGUGCCACAAAUACAGCGCUUAAAGGAGUUUUUAUUUUUUUAAAUUCUAUUUUUGUGCGUGGAUAUUUACAUUUUUCCCAUUCCAAAGAGAAGCCGAUUGAUGAGCUGAGACUCUCACCUUCAGUCAGCACACUUCAUGACACCUAUAUCACAUUUUCCUUGUGAGAAUGUAAAGCAUCUUGUUUAUCAGUUUAUUGCAACUUCUUUUACCCCAGGAAAAGAGUGGAAAAGCAUUAGUACAAAGACGAUGUCUUACUCUCUCCAUGGGGAUGGUGAAGUUUAAUCUUCAUUAAGAUGCUGCAACACAGAAUUAGCAUCAGUUUCCUACAAUUACACUUAUAAUCUCAUUUUCAGUAUGUUAUUCAUUCAUUUUUUCAAACUAUCAAUGUCAUUUAGUCAUUAAAAUUUUUAAUCGAAUUCAA